GCUACUGAGGAUCCGCAUGCUCACAUGGACAAAUUCACCAGACAUUGUGAGUCUCUGAAAAGGCGUGAAGUCAGCUUGGAUACAGUCCGGAUGAUUCUUUUUCACUACACUUUGAAGGAUGCUGCAGAAGAUUGGUUGAGGUCACAACCCCCUAACAGCAUUCGAACAUGGGAGGACUUGGCGGAAAAAUUUAUCGCCAAAUUCUUUCCAUCCACACGCAUCAGAAAGGCGAAGCAGGAAAUUUAUGCAUUUAAACAGAGCAAAUCUGAAAAUUUGUAUGAGGCUUGGGAGCGGUUCCAAGAACUUCUGAGGAAGUGUCCAGGUCAUAAUGUUUCUGCUGGUGAACAAGUGGACAAAUUCUACUCAUCAUUGCGUGAGUACGCAAGAGGUAUGUUGGACGCAGCAGCUAAUAGUGCAUUUGAUUCAUUGCCUGCACACAGAGCUCUUGAGAUCAUCGACAAUUUGGCCACUAGAUCUUCACAGUCAGAUUAUGAUAGGGAGAACCGGGAACGUGUGCAUGAAGUUGGAACAAAUGAUGAUGUUCUCGCCUCCAAUAGGAAGUUGUCACAAAAGAUGGAUGCAAUAGUACAACGUUUAGAUGGUCGCAAACUGAGUGCUGAAGAUGUUGCAUUUGAUGAGGAAGUGAAGGCAAUGGGUAAUCCUUAAAACAACCCUUACUCAAAUACUUAUAAUCCGGGUUGGAGGAAUCACCCUAACUUUUCAUGGAGAGAUCAAGACAAGUCUGGAAAUUCAAGGGAGUACUCUAAUCAAAGGAGUUAUGGUCAAGAUCAAAAACCUCAACCCUCGCAAGAGCAAGGAAGUGGGAAAAAGAGCUUAGAAGAAAUUGUGGGAGAACUGGCCCAAGCUACUAGCAAGCUUCAGGUGUCCACAGAUAGCUUCAUAAAUGAAUCCAGAAAUAACUUCAAAAAUCAGGAGGCUUCAAUAAAAAAUUUGGAGAAUCAGGUCGGUCAAAUUUCCAAACAAUUAUCUGAGAGAUCUCCAGGUAUGUUUCCUAGUAACACUGUGCCUAAUCCUAGAGAGAAUAUUUCUGCUGUUACUCUAAGAAGUGGAAAAGUUAUGCAUCAAAUUGAAAAGAAAAAAGAUAAUGAAAAGAAUAAGAGUGAGACUGGGAAUAAAAGUGAAUCUGAAGUGAUAAGUAAGGAAAAAGAACAGAGUGAAGAUAGGUUAGUGAAAGAGAGAAAAGUAGAUUUAUAAAAUAAUAAGUUUACAAAAGUUCCUUUUCCCCAUUUCCCCACUAACAUAGCAAAGAGGAGGUUGGAGAAGCAAUUCUCCAAGUUUGUUUCUAUGUUUAAAAAGUUGCGUGUAGACCUCCCAUUCUCUGAAGUUUUAGAAAAGAUGCCUCAAUAUGCCAAGUUCAUGAAGGAGAUACUCUCUAAGAAAAGGAGCUUGAGUGAAGAGAAUGAUAUCGUUGAGCUGACUGAGGAGUGUAGCGCUAUUUUGCAAAGGAAGCUUCCACCAAAACGAAAGGACCCAGGUAGUUUCACUCUACCUGUUAAUUUUGGGGCUUCAAAGGAAGUGAGAGCUUUAUGUGAUUUGGGGGCAAGCGUCAACUUAAUGCCCCUAUCAAUGUUUGAGCGACUUAAUGUUGGAGAGCUGAAACCAACAAUGAUGAUGCUUCAACUAGCAGACCGCUCCAUGGUGACCCCUUGGGGAGUUGUUGAAGAUGUUCUAGUGAGAGUAGGAGAGUUUGAGUUCCCGGUGGAUUUUGUGAUAAUUGAUAUGGACGAGGACUCUAAAAUACCAUUGAUUAUGGGAAGACCGUUCCUAGCCACUUCACAAGCGAAAAUAAAUGUGGGAAAAGGAACAAUAUCUUUAAGGGUAGCUGAUGAGAAAAUCACUUUCACCAUAUUUGACCUGAAGCCAAAGCAAAUUGAGAAGAAUGAUGCAUUCUUGGUAGAGAUGAUGGACGAGUGGAGUGAUGAGAAGUUGAAGCAGUUCUUCCUUAAAGAAAAAGCUGGAGCAUCAAAUAAGAAGAAAAAGAAAAACACGCAGAGCGACCAAACUGAGAAAAUCUACUCAAUGAGCAUGGUUGUCAACUCAGAGCAGAAGGAGGAGAACCUGGGAAAUCAAGCUGAACCAGUUCAUGUUGAAAGCGUUGUGGCCAACAUGGAGCGGAAAGAGGAGAAAGCGAAAGGAGAAUCCUUCAUAUGGAAGCCAAAACAUAAGAAAGAUGAGAAACCUCCUAUCCCUUUUAACUCUAAAUUGAAUAACUGUGUUCAUGCUUUUGAGAUUGCUUGCAAGAACAUGGUGAAAAUGUUUGCUGAGUUCAAGGAUCCUGGAAGUGCAAUGCACUAUGGGGUAAACCCCGGAUAGAGAUUCUUGGUCGAGAAGAGUCUAACAAGGACUAUAACAUUGUGCUUAUUGGGAGACAACCCAAAUAAAAUUUAGCUUAGUAGAGUAAGUUUUUCUUAUUUUUACUCGCAUUUUCAAUUUUAGUAUGAUUUUAUUAUUAGUAUUAGUAGUUGAAAAAAAAAAAACUGUAAUUUUCUGCAUGAAACUCGCGCAGAUUCCUGUGUUUUACGGUGCAUUUGCACCAAAGAACUCAACUCUGGAAAUUUUUGCGCGAAACUCGCGCCAAUUCCAGUAUUGCGUGGUGCAAUUGCGCGGUCUAAAAAAAAAAAAGAGCACCUUGUGUGCGUCUUCACUUUUCAUAUUAUUCCAAGUUUUAUUCUGGAGUAUUCUAGCUCCAUUGUCUUGUUCGAGAACAAUUUCCCAUCCCCAUUCUCUAAAGCAUUACACUUACGUCCACUGUUUCUUGCUGCCAUCAUCACUAUUUUCUUAUUUACUUCAUCUUCCUUCCCUUAAAAGAUGACAGCUAGCAAGCUCAAAAGUAAGAGGAAGGAGGACCAAGAAUUUUACAUGAUUGAAAUUGAGCUGGAGGUCGCAGCUGACAAUCUUGGUGCUAUCACUUUCUGCAAAGAAAUUGAGUACAGGGAGUUUCUCUUCAUUAAUUACUCUCAAGUAAUUGCAUGAUCAUGCAUUUUACAUUUUGUUGCACACACUAGUUCUGCACAUGCUUUUAUUCCUUAGUCAUUUUACCUUUGUAUUUGACUACUCAAGUGAUUUCAAUUCUGAAUCUAUGCCUUGUUUUUUAUGAAAAUUGUGAUACACAUGUGGAGUUAAUGUAUUGGAAAUGACAUAUUAUUGAGAGAAGUAAGUGAAUUUUAGGACUGAGUGGUGUUUUCAAUGGAUAUUGUUGAUAGGAGUUCACUGGGGUUCAUCUCUUUACCCCUUAUUUUUGCUGAGUGAUGAGUGAUCUCUGAUGAUUCCUGACUUGCUUGCACAUGUUUGGUUCUGUUUUGAAAUGCAUGUCGGUUUGAUAUUGUUAUGCUUGUGAUUUGUUAAGAGAUUAUUAGGCAUUCUUGAUGGCCUUCAGACUUUGUUUCAGUUAUUCCUUAGUUGCCCAAGUUGAGCCUAAAUGUGAAUUUUCUUGGUCCCUAACUUUGGAAAUAUUUGUGAACUGUUAAGUGAUCUGAAUUAUGAAUGGAGCAACAAAAAAAAUUAUGUGAAUAGGUUCCCACUCUCUCCUAGUGUGCAUUUAAAAUGAAGCAAAGUGCUUGAAAAAAAAAUGAUGAAAAAUGAAAAGAAAGAAAAAGAAUGAAAAAAAAAAAGUUUGCAAAUCAAAAGAGGAGAAGAGAGAGAGAACCUUGAGUACUUUAAAUGAAUGCUCUGAAUUGAAAGAACAAAUAGAUCACUUAACUGUCUGUUUGUGUAACCUUGCUUUAUCCUUUUCCUAUCCUACCUAAAGUUACACCUUGGCCAAGUUACAACCUGUGAGAAUCUCUUUCUUGUUGCAUAGCAUGACACUGUUUGAUCUUGAUUUAAUUGAUUAUCAGAACCGAAACAUAGUGUUUGUACUGUCAGAUGCACUAAAUAAUUGACGAUUAAUGAUUAAAUUUGUGAGUUUUGAUGUGAACUCUGAGUCUCAUUGUCUUAUUGAUUUCAUUUUCUCUGGACUUGAUUCCUUAUUUCUCUUAACUAGUAUGCUCAUGAUCUUAGCUUUAUUUGUUUGGUGUGUAUCUUGUGUUUUGAAAGUGCUGGCAAUUGAUUUGGAAUUGAUUUAUUUUGUGCUUGAGGACAAGCUUUCCUAAGUUUCCGCUUGAGGGCAAGCUGCCGUUGAGUAUAGGGGUGUGAUGACCCGGGUGUUUAAGUUACUUUUCUAGCUUAUUUUUAUGCAUUUUGAUAUAUUAUUUAUGGUAUUUUAGUCAAUCUAGGCCACCUUAGGAUUAUUUCAUGCAUUUUAUUAUUUUUAUGUGUUUUUACUAUUUUUCUAUAAUUUUUAUGUUUUUUUUAUUUAUAUUUUAAUAGGAUUUUUGGAUUAAUAAUGGGGAGCUGAUCUGGCGUCGAUGGUCCGCGGAAAUUACCAUGCACGCAAAGGAAAUCUGACGGCUGCUGUUUCCAACCCAGCCAUGUGGCGUGAUCAGAAGAGAGUUCCACGAUAAGGUUGUAGUCCGCGAAGCGCUGGAAUACGCCCCUUUAAGCUCCGGCCAAUGGAGCUGUGACACGUGGCAGAGUUGUUGGGAAAGUUUUUUGUCUUAAUCACGUGAAAGAAACAGAACGGAUUCAGAUUGAAUUUUUUAUUAAAAAUACAGAUUGGAUUUGAGAAUAAAAAAAGGGAAUAUAUAUUGAGUCUCAAUGGAGAAUAGGUUACGCAGACCAGAAUGAACGUGAACGGUAGCAGUACUGGAACGUGAAGAGGAAGAAUUUUGGUUCUCUAUUUGAUUAUUAUAGGUUUUUUUAUUUCUCUGGUGAUUGCUCUAUGAGCAUGUCAGACUAAACUCGUUAGUGUUAGGGUGAUUGAUCUAGUUUUCCUUUAAACUAUGUUUUGAACCAAGUUUCAGUUAUGAUUAUGAUUUCUAUUUUAGUUCUUGAA